AGUUAUUAAGGGAGUGGUGAUACUUGAGAAAUGUGUAUUAUGAUUCACAACGCUUAUUGAGUAACAGGCAGUACAUUCUGUGAUUCUGCUCUUGGCAGGAGACAAGAUAACGCAGAUAUCGAGAAAGAAGAUGCGGUUCCAGUUAUCUGAAGUCCACCAUGAGGCGGACGAAUUCGAGGAAUUAGUUGCCUGCGAGGUAGCGAGCUUCGAGCAUCCCCAACAAUCAAUCUUUCGAUUUUUCUACCCUAUAUUUGGCCAUGAAUCUCCGGUGGAAAAGCAAACAGCCUUCAAAAGUCUGGUCGAGCUGCAACGCGAGUGGUCGCGCGAUGAUCCAGACAUAGUGUGGACCAUGGCCAUUGACACACAGAAUAACAACAAAAUCGUCGGCGGCUUGUUGAUGAAGGUCCACAAGAAGGACCCUACUGCUCGAAAGAACGAUAACGGGCAUCAGUCUGCCUUCUGGUAUCCUGCCGGUAGCCAGCGGAAGUAUAUCGAUGAGUGCCUGCGCAUAUUUACUGCCCCGCAUGAGAAAUUCAUGCAGAGACCACAUGUUUACCUAUUUAUUGGCUUCGUCCUCCCAGAAUACCGACAACAAGGAGUUGCCGACAUGUUUCUCGCUGAUGCAUGCCGCCGGGCAGAUGAGCUCGGAAUAGAAGCGUGGCUUGAAUCUGUGGUGGCUAUGGGGGUUCCGAUUUACAUGCGACACGGCUUUAUUCCCUUCCGUAAGCACGCGGUAGAGCCACACGCUGAAAGACCAGACGAUGAAUGGAAGGAUAUGGAGGGAAAAAUGCAACCUCUGCGAUUUUGGCCAAUGUGGCGACCUCCCUAUGGCAAGUUUGUCCCUGGGGAGACAAGCCCACCUUGGAAUGAAUUUAUGAGUGGCAUGUUGAGCAGGUUGUAGCUCGUUCCAGUAUUCUCCUUUUCAGUGAUUUAAGUGAGCCUUGUUAAUAUAGUUGAAUGAGCGUGGUAUCGUGUGGGAACAAUGACUGCCAGAGCCGAGAGUACAGUUAAGCCCUC